AUGUCGAAACGGAAAGUGGUGGCGUCAAUGGAUGUGACAGAUUCGCAUGCUGAUAAUGGAAAUGAAGGCAGUUCUGGAUUGAAAAAGAACAGAGUACUUCCUUACGAAGAAACAUAUUUACGUUCAAUACCACAUGCUACUCAAUACGAGAAAUCAUUCAUGCACCGCGAUACGAUAACUCAUGUCAUUGCAACAGCAACAGAUUUCAUUAUAACAGCAAGCACGGAUGGGCACUUGAAAUUCUGGAAGAAAAAACAUGGUGAAGGAAUUGAAUUUGUCAAACAUUUCCGAUGCCAUCUCCAUGCUUUUUCUCACUUAACGGUCAAUCAUAACGGGACAUUAAUGGCAACGGUUUGUAUGCAAGACAAGUCAGUGAAGAUAUUUGAUAUAUCCAAUUUCGAUAUGAUUAAUAUGCUUAGUACUGAAUUUGCUCCGAGAACUGCUGCGUGGAUACAUCAGGGAAAUGAUGUUAUACAGGCGUUAGCUAUAUCAGACUCAGAUUCAGGGAAAAUCUACAUUUACGACGGCAAAGGCGAUGAUAGACCAAUUCAUGUUUUAGAUAAAAUCCAUUCAAAUUCUGUGAAAUUUAUCGAGUAUAACUUGCAUUUUGAUUGUGCUAUUUCUGUUGAUACAAAAGGAAUGUUGGAAUAUUGGUCUGGUCCGAAGCGCGAAUAUCAGUUUCCGGAUAACGUGAAGUGGACGUAUAAAACGGAUACUGAUCUUUAUGAAUUUGUUAAAGUUAAAGCACCACCACGUUGUUUGCUGAUAUCACCAAAUGGGAAAUUAUUUGCUGCUGUUGGAGCAGAUCGACGUAUCCGAAUAUUUGGUUUUGCUAGCGGGAAGUUGAUAAAAGUCAUCGAUGAAACAAUGCGGUUUUAUAUUGAUCAAGCUGCAGCUAAUAAAAAUUACGGCUUACAAAAUAUGGAAUGGAAUCGACGAGUGGCACUGGAAAAAGAGCUGGAUCGUGAUGAAAAUACUUUCCAGCAUUUAUCGAUUUGUUUUGACGAAACCAGUAAUUUUCUUAUUUAUCCUACACCAAUUGGGAUCAAAGUCUACAACUUAUACACUGAUGAAAUAAUUCGUGAAAUUGGCAAAAAUGAGAAUAUGCGAUUUUUGGGUGUCUCACUUUGUCGUGCUGUACCAUACUUCAAGGGACAGUUACAGGGAGCAGCAGUGACAGUUGAUGCAGUGGCUGCAACAAAUCCAAAUCUGAAGAAAACAGAGCCUGAUCCUAUGUUGGUUGCUUGUGCAUAUCGGAAAGGCAGAUUUUAUUUGUUUACCAAUGCAGAGCCUUUUUCAACCGAUGAAAGUGAUGAAGCAGACGGUACUGGUAUGGGACGGGAUGUCUUCAAUGAAAAACCAAGGAAAGAGGAUAUUAUAACAGCUGUAGAGAGUGAUACAAUUGAUAGUAAAGUGACAGAACAUGCAGUAAUACAUACCUCAUUCGGUGAUAUACACAUAAAAUUAUUUCCCAAUGAAUGUCCAAAAACUGUAGAAAAUUUUUGCACGCACGCAAGGCGAGGUUACUAUAAUGGUCACACAUUUCAUCGUGUAAUUAAAAGCUUCAUGAUUCAAGCUGGCGACCCUACCGGUAAAGGAACUGGUGGUCAAUCCAUUUGGGGUGAAGAUUUUGAGGAUGAAUUUCAUCCCAAACUUAGACACGAUAAACCUUACAUGGUUUCAAUGGCAAAUGCAGGUCCGAAUACCAAUGGAUCUCAAUUUUUCAUUACAGUUAUUCCUGCAGAUUGGUUAGAUGGCAAGAAUACCCUUUUCGGACAGGUAACAGAAGGUUUUAGUGUAGUGCAAAAAAUUAAUCAGGUACCGACAUUUGAGAAAAGUGGCCGGCCAAAACAGGAAAUAAACAUUAUUUCUAUUACAUUGAAAUAA